CCUGGCUGAGCCCUGGAGAGCCAGGGCUGGUAACAUCCAAACAGCUGACACGGCGCUGGUUGUAAUCCUCCCCAAAAAAACAAACGGAACAAAAGGAACAGAAAAAAACACGAAAAGCUUGUUUCGCUCUUACACACUUCCAGCGUCUUGGCCGCGUCAUGAAAAUAAUAAAUGGCAUGCGGGGGGUGGUGACGUCGGCAGUGUUGGAUGAGCUCAUACGAAAGCGAAAAGAAACAAGUUUAGCUUUUUGGAAUACGGGCGACCACGAUUGCAGCUUCAGUUUCAGUUGAACGCGAAACGCCAGCGACGCCGGACCGCAAGAGAGCGACAGGGAGAGCGAAAGAGCGCCGCGAAAAGAAGAACGAAAAUCGAAAAAGUGUGUGACAAAACGAGUGUGCGAGUGUGUGUGUGUGCGUGUUAGAAUUUUACUAGCGUUGGUAUCAGUAUAAGUACAAUUCUAAGUAGAAUCGUCUUUCUUUUGUCACUAAUUGGAACCGAAAAAUCGAAAAACAAGCGGAUUCAAAGAGCGUGUUACGUGGCUGUCUUUCCAAUUGGACAACUGGUCAGCUGAGCUGCUUAAAACAGUUCUAAUCGGAGUUUUGACAUCUGAAACAUUGAAAUGCAAUGAUAAUUAAAUAUUUCCAGGCAAAAUCAACAGUGAGGAAACCCAAAUUCUAGCGCAAAACAAAUUAAAAACCCAAGAGUGGGUUAAAACUCUCGAGCGGCUAAAACAAAAUCAAUAAUUGGCCCUGCGUCCGGCCCUGUACGUGUGUGUGCUUUUGUGUGCGAGUGUGAGUGUGGGUAAGUGUGUGCGUGCGUUUUGUGAGAACGACAAUUGGAGCAAUGCCUGCUGAUUGAUAGCAAACCAGAGAACGGGGGCUUACAAACAUAUAAAGAAUCAAUUAAGCGAAGAAUAAGAAAACCUAAUUAAGUGCAAUAAUUGAGCGAUCAUGCAGCAACCCGCCACGCCCAGCACGCCCGUUAAUAAUGCUCCUUCGGCCGCCCCCGUUGCCGCCGCCGCCGCCGCCGCCUCUGCUGCCCCUGCUGCCUCUGCUGCCGCGGGGGCCAGCAGCACCCCCAUACGCAUAAACAGUGCCAGGCAGCACGGUGCGGCGGGGGGAGGGGAUACCCUGGUGCACCCCGCCACCCCGCACUCGCACUCGAUGCCCGGAACGCCGCAACAACAACCGCAGUCGAGCAGCGUGCCCACCGGCGGUCACCUACUGCAGCUGCAGGCGCCCCUGCCCUCCGCGGGGGCGGUGACCCCCUCUGGCCUGUCCAUGGGCGCAUCGAACCAAUCGCUGGGCGUCAGUGUGGGCGCCGCCAGCAGCGUCAGCGGAAUCAGCAUCACGCCGCCAAAUAGCGCCGGACUGCGUCAGUCGACAGGAAUCGCCAAUUGGGCCUCUGACAAUCGGGAUGGCAAUCUGGCAGAUAAGUCCGCUGCUGAUGCCGCCAAACUCAACAGGAAGGAAUCCUACAAGGCACAGAGGAAGAACUACAGGCGGGAGAAGAAGCGAGUGGCCAGUGAGCUGAUGAACUCCCUGCAAGAUCCUGCGGUUAUAGUGCUGGCCGACUGGCUAAAGGUUCGUGGCACUCUGAAGUCCUGGACGAAACUGUGGUGCGUUCUGAAGCCCGGCCUGCUGCUCAUUUACAAGAGCCAAAAGACCAAGAGCAGCCACUGGGUGGGCACGGUGAUGCUCACCUCCUGCCAGGUGAUCGAGCGCCCGAGCAAGAAGGAUGGCUUCUGCUUCAAGCUCUUCCAUCCCCUGGAGCAGUCCAUUUGGGCGCCGCGAGGUCCCGACAAGGAAACCAUUGGUGCCGUGGUCCAGCCGUUGCCAACCGCUUACCUGAUCUUCCGAGCUCCCAGCCAGGCGGCCGGCAAAUGCUGGAUGGAUGCCCUGGAGCUGUCCCUGAGAUGUUCGGCGCUCCUGUUGCGGUCCAACAGCAGUACGGGAACUGCUCCAACGUCCAGCUACAUGGGCGAGCCCCUGCCCGUCUCCCAUGAGACGCAGUGGUCGGAGGCGGACUACGAGAAGCACUUCAACGAUCACGAUUUGGACGCAGACAGCCAGAAUGAAGCACCCAAUGCCGUCAUGUCUGGUCUGGAGUCGGAAUCCGAAUCGGAUCCGGCAGAGCCGGCGCAGGAGGAUGGCGUCGAGCAGCAGUGUGUGGAGACCUCGUAUGCGCCCUUCACUGAGGAGGAGUUUGGCGAGCAAGGGGAGCAGGUAGAGGAGUUGGCAGAGGAGAACAAGAGCCUAAUUUGGUGCAUUGUCAAGCAGGUGCGACCGGGGAUGGAUUUGAGCAAGGUAGUACUACCCACAUUUAUCCUGGAGCCCCGCUCAUUCCUGGACAAGUUAUCCGACUCGUAUUACCAUGCGGACUUGCUCUCUAAGGCCGUCCAGGAGGAUGACGCCUUCACACGCAUGAAACUAGUAGUGCAAUGGUACCUGUCAAGCUUUUACAAGAAGCCCAAGGGCCUGAAGAAGCCCUACAAUCCGAUUCUGGGGGAGAGGUUCCGGUGCUAUUGGCAGCAUCCCAGUGGCAGCCGAACCUUUUACAUUGCAGAGCAGGUGUCGCAUCAUCCGCCCGUGUCGGCAUUCUACGUGACGAACCGCGAGGACGGCUUCAGCAUCACCUGCUCCAUCCUGGCGAAAUCGAAGUUCUACGGCAACAGCACUUCGGCGGUGCUUGAGGGCGCUGCCACAAUGACGUUGCUGCCGCGCGGUGAGUGCUACACGGCCACAACGCCGUACGCCCACUGCAAGGGCAUCCUGAUGGGCACGCUCUCCAUGGAGCUGGGUGGCAAGAUCAACAUCGAGUGUGAGAACACCGGUUACAGGACGGAGCUGGAAUUCAAGCUGAAGCCGUUCCUCGGAGGAGCGGACGCCACCAAUGUGGUAGUCGGCAAGAUCAAGCUGGGCAAGGAAACGCUGGCCACCAUCAAUGGUCAUUGGGACAAGGAGUGUCGCGUAAAGGACUCCAAGACGGGAGAGGAAACGGUAUUGUUCAAGGUGGAUGCAGAGACACGUUCCAAGCGUCUCACCCGGUACAUGGUGCCGCUGGACUUACAAGAGGACAACGAAUCACAGCGCCUGUGGCAGCGCGUCUCCGAAGCGAUUGCCCGUGAGGAUCAGGUUGCUGCCACAGAGGAGAAGACCGUACUGGAGGAGCGCCAGCGAGCCGAUGCCAAGGAACGGGUCAGCUCCGACUCUGUCCAUAUGCCCGACCUCUUCGAGCUGGACAGCUACGGUCAAUGGCUGUACAAGUACGCCGAUCUGCGCCCCUGGGACUCGCGCAACGAUGUCCGCCAGUACGAGUGCCAGUUCAAGGUGCUGACCCAGACGCGUCACAAGUCCGUGCCCAUUGUCCAUGGGGUCGAGAUGAUUCACCCCCUGCGCAGCUCCAUCGAGACAUUAUCUCGCACCAAAAGACAAUCGCCAGCCGGACAGCCCUUACAGCCGGGCGGCUCCGUGGUGCCCAAGGCCAAGAAUAAGAGCUUGGUGCUGGCGCCGCGCGACACCAACUCGGACUCCAGUCAGUCGCCGCAGGGAGCGGUCAAGCGCAGCUCCUCCAGCGCCAUUAAGCAACUUGCUUUGGCCGUGGACCAGGUGAACCGGGUGCUGGAGCUGCACACCCGGCAGCUGAACGAGAUCAGUCAGCGCCUGGAGCGCAUGCAGUACUCGCCCCCGCCUAGUAACAUGAGUGCGCAUUCGGUUAAUUUAUUGGGCGGCGGCGUGUCGCAGUCGACGGUGAUCAAGUCGCUAAUCUACGCUCUGAUCGGGCUAACCUUCAGCCUGAUCCUGCGCUGGCUGUUUAAGUAGAUUGGCGAAGUCGUUGUUGGUGUCAUUCGUUUAGGAUUAAGAAAAGUUUUGGUCAACCUAGAGAUCCCACAUAUAUAUAUAUAUAUAUAUUCAUACACACCCUAGAGUACAGACAACGUAUAUACUUUAUUGAAUUGUACAUUUGGUCCUACUCAAAUGCCUUCGCACGCUGCCAGAAGAUUUAAACCCGACCGAGGCGCGUGGCCAGAACAUUCGUUGUAAGAAAGUCUAAUCACGAACUAUGUCUAGGUUUAAGUGUUUGCCGUAUGUAAGUCCCAGCAAUCCAAGUCUCUCCCGCAGACAAAGUCCAUGUGCAAAUCUCUUCCCCUUUAGCCCCGGAAAUUCUUUUCGCAAGAUAAAACGUCUGGGUAGGUUAGGAUGUCGGAGAUAUACAUUAAUAUCAAAAUAUACACAUACGUACGAGUAGAUGCACCAGAUUUCGUAAAAAUUCCAAUUUAAACGAUGCUACUAUAAAGCUAGUUCGCUUUUCCUUUCCUUCGAUAGACAGUUAAUAUUAAAUCACACGAUUUAGGGUGAACGAUGAACGAACAAUGCUCGAGAGGCUCUCUGCCCCAUAAAGCACCACUUAUACACAGUGCAACAUACCUUAGAGAUUUAAUGCGAAGAGUGCUUAUAGUAAUUACUUUUAGUGUCUCUUAUACACGAACUGUUUUUCCUCUUCCCAAUACCUGCAUACUUAGAAUUUAAUAAAUUCCCCAUUUCAAAUCAA